AAAAGGGAUCAGUGGAAAAUUAUGGACGAAGAACUCUGUAAAACAAUAGCAGCAUGGGUAUAGAGUUUACUUUUGCUUAAAAAUUAGAAUUACGAGAUUUUUUGAAUUGGUUAUAUUACAAAAAGAAAAACAUGUAUGUAGAAACCUUUUCCCUCCCUUUGUGAAAUAACCGAGACAUUAACUCCCAUACCCAUCAUAAACUGAGAUCGAGGUUGUCUACGGUCGUUCUCUGACACUCAGCUGCUAUCUGACAAGCCUGAUUUCUCCGGACGUUAUCGUGGUGUGAAAUGUAAGGGGAAAAUGCCAGCUUCUCGAAUAAAAGACGUUAUUCCAAGCGUUGCCAUUUUUGUACCCAACGCCGCCAGCCCCUUGCAGUGACUUUAUCCCAGGAGCGUUCCAUCGUCCAUCCUCUGAGGACUUUCUUGUUUUUACUGAUCUUCCGUAUGUUCUUGUACGAAAACGGCGUAUUCAAAUCAAAGUCUUUCAACGUGGCUGAUAAGCUCUUUAGUAUUAUCAUAAUCCCCGAAGCGAUAAGAACAAAGGUCCCUAUACAGUGGUGUCAGUGAGCUGUGAGAGAGAAGAGAAGCAGAGCUGUGUCGCGAAAAGAUGGGGCGCCCUUUGGCUGUGGCGGCGGUGCUGUGCGCGGCGCUGGCGACCUCCGCGGCGGCGCUGCAGCUGCUCGAAGCCUGCCUCGUCAAACGGACCUGGGAAGUGGCGUGGAAAGGCACGAGAGAGAAUAGAGAGAGAAAUGAGAGCGAACUCCUUUGGCAUGAUAAUACCACUCACAUAUUGGUCGACGAUCUGGACAAAUGGGAGGACAGUGUGGAUAUAACGAUGUGGAUACGAGAAGACGCCCCGCUCGCAGCUCCCAACGCAACUGUCCUCAGCCUCACCAUCCACUCGCCUGGGCUCCCUCACUCCCUCACAGUCGAGCUCACGGCGAGUAGCGUCACCGUCUCGGGAUCUGAAGGAGGCAUAGUGUCCGAGAACACGAUCGUUCCUUCUCUCCCUGGCGGAUGGACGGAGCUGCGGCUGACGAGGGAGGAGGGAGGACUGAUGGACGUGUGGUACAACGCCUCCAAACUCGUGUCUGUGGAUGCUCCUGAGGCCUUUGAUACCCUCACCGUCGUCGGGAGUAAUGUCACAGUCAACUGCUCUCAGGAAGCGAGGGUGUGGCGGGUGAGGGGCGAGGAGGAGGUCACAAUCCCUCUAUCCCGAGACGUCCUUCACAGCUUCAGCUUCUUCUCCAGCCAAUCGUCGAUGCCCAAGAUGAGUCUAGUCCCCUCAGAUUCGCCUGCGGUCACCUUAGCGUGGGAAAAGGGUCGUAUAGUGAAGGCAGAGGAAGGGAGAGAAAAUUAUACCGAGGCUUUACCCCACGACAUCAACCACCGUGUGAGCCUACAGUGCAACAGACAGAAAGAGAAUGUCACUUGCUAUCUCAUGCCUGAGGAGGAAGCGAGAAAGUUAGCUGCCUUCGUCUCCCAAACUUUUCCUUCCGGUUUCCGCGUAUCCGGACUUCCUGGGAGCGAAUUUUUUGUGCAAUACCGCCACGAGACAUAUUCGCAGUCCCAAGGGGUAGAGGCUACUCUUCAAGGGGGUCGGCGAGUGACCGCGGGCUACGUGCUCUCCAUCGUGGUCAUCGGGCUCGUCUUCGUGGGGAUCAUCGCGACUGUGGUGGUGGCCAGCGUCCGCCACAAGCCUCGGAAGAAGAGGAAGAUGCAACUGACCUUCGAAGACGCCGCGCCCCAGGAAUACGUGCCCUUCCUGUCGGGGCCGGAGGCGACGGUCAUCGACGAGGCCGAGGAGGACGCUAUACAGGAGGAACCGACGCUGUGGGAGGCGGUGAAGUCAGGCGACGUGGACGCGGUGGAGGCUCUGCUGGACGAAGGAUUCCACCCCGAUGAUGUGGAGGAAGGCAGGGAAAUCACGCCUAUCCUGGAUGCUCAUUUCCUGGGCUUCAAGGACGUGCUCGACCUCAUGCUCAAAUACAAGGGGGAAAGGGCUACACUUCCCACUGAGGAUCUUAUCAAGUCUAUCGUCAACGAGCUGGAGACCCGGAUGAAGGAGGUGUUCGUGGCGGCGGAAUGCGGGAUGUACGAACGAGAGCGCGGAGUGCAUCAGCUGCUGGACACCCACAUGCUGCCGGCCACGAUCACAGACCACAUGGGCCGCUCACUCAUCCACUACAUCACUUCUACAACCGUCAUGGAUGGGAGGCCACCCUGGGCACCCAAAGACGUCAAGAGAUUCCUAAACGAACACAAAUACUUCAUCAAUGCAGUCGAUCACUGGGGACGCACGGCUCUGCACCAAGUGGCGGAGCACCCGAGGACGGCAGAGAUGGACGUCAUCUGGGAGGGAAAGGAGUGGGGCGUGUCGGAGGCGUGGCUGGAACUCACCAAGAUCCUCCUUGGCUACGGAUGCGACCCGAGGAUACCCGAUCACCGAGGGAUCCUGCCGCACCAGCUGGCCACACACGCAGGGAAUCACCAGAUGGCACAGCUGCUGGAGGAUAUGAGUGAGAAGUUGGGGCCGUUGCAAGAACCGACCAUUGAACAGCAUGAGGAGCUGGUGACGGCCUGUCGGAUGGGCGACACGUCUAGGAUCCGCAAGCUGCUGAGACUGAACGUACCCGUCCUGCCGAUGUACGCCCGCGCCGACCCCCUCCGCGAGGCCAUCCGGCACCACCAGAGGGACGUUCUGCUCCUGCUGCUGAGUGCGGGGGCGCCGCUCUCCAGCAGACACGGGUCCUGCAUAACGCCUCUGGAGGCUGCUCACACACAGCAGGGGCUUCCCGCCUGCUUCCCCGCUAUUAUGAGGAAGGUUACCGCCGAGAGACUGGAGCACGAGGCGUCACGAGUUUCACCUGACGUGGAGGAGUUAAAGGGACUCAGGGAAGGGAUGCGUACUUAUACCCAGCAGAUCCUGGACGUCGGGAUCAAAGCGAGGUGGAUCCUCAACAGCCGUUGCAGAGAGGAACGUGGCAAGGAAGCUCGGAGGUUGCUAGCACAGGCUGCUGACCUCGGCCUCUCUCUGACAUGCCAGCUGCUGAGCCUUGAGGACGUGUUCCUCAAUCCCCUCCCAGGCGAGGACUCCCCGGUGGCGAUGGCUGUUUCCCGCAACCACAUCGACACACAGCUUACCCUCUGCAGAGACCUCGGACUCAGCCCCUUCUUCUCGCCAGGAACUGAGUCAUUGCACUUGAAACUGCAACACGAACUUUGGCUGAACGAACGAAAACGUCUGGAAGAGCUAUAUUCGUUAGGCGACAGUGAUCUUGCAAACGCUGACUGGGAAUAUAUGAGGGGAAUGAUAAACACAAGGAAAAAUAAAUCAUCUGUCGGUAACACGGCGACGUUACAACAGCCCAGUGAUUCCGUACUCUUCUUCACAGCAAAGCAGGGAUUGAUAGUCCUUCUUGAUAUCAUACUCAGAUGCGUUAGAGAUCUGGACAUCAACCGAGUCGUGCAAACCUACUCAGGCAGCACAGCGCUCCAUGUUGCUUCUAUGUCCAACCACAUCCAAACGGUUGAAUACUUGCUUCAUAGAGGAGCGGAAGCAAACAGACUUGCAAGGGGUAACUUAGAUGCAGCGCAUGUGGCAGCCCUGAGUGGGCACAGGAAGUGUCUGGAGUAUCUUCUUGAGUGCAAGGAGGCGGGAGAAAAUGACAAGAACCGAAAAGCAUUGCAUUUGAUGAAUGAAUAUGAAAAGAUGCUUAGCAAAUGCAACAUACCCAUAUUGUCACACGAAGACGCACUUAGCAUAAUGGCUGAAAGAGAAGAGCAGUCCAAAGCCUAUUUAAAACUGAAUACAAUGGCCAAAUCCUUAGACAUUAGUGCUGCUGAGAACCUGAUACAAGUUGUAAAGGAUCGUGCAUGCGCCAAAAGUGAAUCAGAGGAAAUCCUAAACAAAAUCAUAGGCGAAACAGCAGCCAUUUGUAGUUUUAUCAGUGAUUCCAGAUUCGAAGGGACUUUGAGUGAUGUUGGAGCUGUAUCAGAAGGAAAUGAAAUCUUCAGUAUAAACGAAGUAAAUUUCAUCUAUGAAGUAUCCAGAUUCAUAUUAUCUCCAGAUAAUACUACUGUCACUUAUAGGAAUUUAGAUGCUAAUGACAAACUAACUUUGGCGGUUGAGUCGCAGUUAGAAUCAGAUCUUUUCAAGGGUGGUGAGUUUCGCAAGACUUUCGGUUCAGCAGUAAUUUCAGCUCUCCAGAAAUACAAGUGCUCCUCACCAGGGAUGUAUCUUGCGCCUCCAUUUGCAUCUGUCACGUCGGAAGGAGUCGAUGUAUUCUGGGUCUUAGAUGGUGAACCAAACCUAAGACUGGUUAAGGCGCGCAUCACCCCUGUAUUACUGAUCACUCAACCUGACGUCGAAUUCCAGCCAAAGACACUGCUCGAACACCACCUCGAUAUGAAUGCUGACGUAGGCCUACACCUUGCCAACAUCGGGAAGGAAUGGCUGUACUGCACGCACGCAUUAGAAAAGGAAGUGUUCGGCAACCUGACCCUCCACAAGCGAAGUGUCUGGCUGACCUGCCGUCUGAUCCAAAACCUUCUGCAAAGCCACUGGUGGUCGCCCGACUUCAGCGACCAACUGAACUCGGCGCCCUGGCACACCCUAGCCGUUGGGGUCGAGACCUUACCGGAGAGAGGACUCAGAUCCCUCUUCCUCGAAGAACUGUGCGAGUCGAGCGAGUGGGAGAAGCGCCACGUCUUCCACAGGGUUCUCUCGGUGUUUCGACGUGCGGCUCAGCGGGACAUGAUCGGCAAGUGGGCCACCAGGAAACACGUGGGGUGCUUCUCCUUCAAGAGCCACUGGUGCGCCAACGUCCCGGAUUCCUUCCUCGGUAUCUUGAGGUACCUGGAGGAUCUCGAGCGCCUGGAGGCUCUUCCCAAGGGACCGAAAGUCAAGUUCGCGUCUUGAUUACGGGGAGAAUCACGGUUUUGUUGAGAAGAGAG